UUUAAAUUUGGGAGAUGCUAGGGGUGGGGAUAAAUGGGGUACCGCAUUAAAUUUGGAGUAAAAAUUAAGUCAGAUUUCCGUGAUUCGCCUCCCGCACCUCGUUGACGUACCUGCGCUUUCUUCGUUCAUCGCCGAGGCUCAGCAACGUCGCCACCAGCCUUCUCCUCGUCGCAAGACGUCGACGACCAGGCCGUCUUGUAGCGGCAGAUUGGCGCGGAGGUAGCGACGGUUCUCUUUGGUUUGGAUUUCAAUUAUUUUAUUAUCGAGCACACACGUGUUUUGUUGAGGCUGCUCCCGGAGAGCAGCGAGACGGAAGGAGAUGUUCUGGAUGCAGAACUGUUAGUAGUUAAAGGAUUGAUUUGUUCUAAUGAGAUGUGAACCAGCUUUUCUUCGUUCUAUGCCAUCUAAGUUACCAGUUCAGAGAGAGGAAGAGCCUUUGCCCUGAUACCCGAAGAAGAAGCACGAAAACUGAAUUUGAAGGAUUCUUACUAUGUCGACCGCAACUUACCCACCCCCACCCCCAUUUUAUAAGCUGUACAAGGACUACGUCAAUGAUCCAAGAUCCGCUCCGGAACCCCCACCUCCUAUUGAGGGUACAUACAUUCUUUAUGGGUGCAAUUACACUACUGAUGAUGUUCUUCCAAGUUUGGAAGAUCAGGGUGUUCGUCAGUUAUACCCGAAAGGACCAAAUAUUGAUUUCAAGAAGGAAUUGAGAUCACUCAAUAGAGAAUUGCAGCUGCAUAUAUUGGAGCUUGCUGAUAUUCUAGUAGAGAGGCCAUCACAGUACGCUCGGAGAGUAGAGGAAAUAUCUCUAAUCUUCAAGAACUUGCAUCACCUUCUCAAUUCAUUACGUCCCCACCAGGCCAGAGCAACCCUUAUCCAUAUCCUAGAAUGUCAGAUACAAAGGCGUAAGCAAGCCGUGGAGGACAUUAAAAGAAGAAGAGAAGAAGCACAGAAACUUCUCAAGGAGGCGGUGGGGAUCCUAACGGGGCAGUAAGCUUUGGAAAUCAUUAGAAGGGCUUGAAAAACACGUAUUAAGGGCACGGUGUCCUUCAAACAAUAUGUGACAGACCCUUAGCUUGGUCAUGCAAAGCUACUACACCCAUGUAUGAUCUUGAAGAGGAGAGCUAAGAAUUGACUCUAGAUGGAAUCAGAUAUAUUAGGCCUAGUGAUGUGACAAUGUACCAAUUGUAACCUUUUGAGUCCUUAAAGAGGCCGGGGGAGAGGUGUUUGAAGACUAAAGUUGGCUUGGAUAGGUAUAUGAUGAAUAUACUUUGUACUGAUUAAGAAAACUUUAGGGUACUUAGUUUGUUGUUUGUGUAGGACCAUUUGACCCUAAACUAUAGUGCAAGUGACUAUGGAGUGACAAAUUGGUGCAAGGGCCGGCCCUGAGAAGAUUCUUGCACAAAUGCUCAUUCUGAUAUAUUUUCUGUCAAU